CUUUCUAAUUUCAUUAUUUUUAUUUUUAUUUAUCAAUACAAUCCAAGAUGCUUAGAAAUUUGACGGCUCUUCGUCAGGCCCCAUUGAAGCGUUUCUUCCAAACGUCCGCAGACGCUAUUGCUUCAUCUAGAUUUCAAACUACGGUGCUUGAUAAUGGAUUAACUGUUGCCAGUGAAAUUAUGCCAGGUACUAAAACCGCCACUGUAGGUGUAUGGAUUAAUGCUGGGUCAAGAGCCGAUAGCCCUAAAAGUAGUGGUACUGCUCACUUCUUAGAACAUUUGGCCUUCAAGGGAACCCAAAAGAGAACCCAGUUGAACCUUGAACUUGAAGUAGAGAACAUGGGAUCCCAAAUCAAUGCCUAUACAUCCCGUGAAAAUACCGUUUAUUAUACCAAAUGUCUUAAAAGAGAUAUUUCCCAAAAUGUUGAAAUUUUGAGUGAUUUGCUUACAAAGUCAAAGUUAGAACCUCGAGCUAUUCAAAGUGAAAGACAUGUCAUUUUACAAGAGAGUGAUGAAGUCGAUAAAAUGUAUGAUGAAGUCGUAUUUGACCAUUUACAUGCAGUCACUUAUAAGAAUCAAGAUUUGGGUAGAACCAUUUUGGGUCCUCGUGAACUCAUCAAGAUAAUCAACAGAGAUGAUUUAGUAAAUUAUAUUUCCACUAACUACAAGGGAGACAGAAUGGCUGUCAUUGGUGUCGGUUCUAUCGAUCAUGAAGAUUUAGUAAAACAAGCUAAGCAAUAUUUUGGAAAUAUCAAGAAAAGUACCGAACCAUUCCACCAGAGUGGUGGAGACUUACCAGUUUUCUACGGAAAUGAAGUCAAAAUUCAAGAUGAUGGCCUUCCACAAACAUAUGUAGCUUUAGCCGUUGAAGGUGUGAGUUGGUCUGCUCCUGACUUCUUUACUGCUUCUGUGGCGAACGGGUUAGUCGGUACCUGGGAUAGAUCUAUUGGUGUUGGAUCAAACUCACCUUCCCCUUUGGCAAUCACUGCCGCAACUGGUGGUCCAGGAAAGACCCCAAUCGUUAAUUCAUACAUGGCAUACACCACAUCAUACGCUGAUACUGGUCUUAUGGGGGUAUACUUUGUUGCUGAAAGAGAUACUGACCUUCUGCUUUUCACAAAUGCUGUGUUGAAGGAAUGGGCCCGUUUGAAGUCUGGAGAUAUUACUGAAGAUGAAGUUGAAAGAUCAAAGGCGCAAUUGAAGGCCUCCUUGGUUUUGGCGUUGGACGACUCCACCGCAAUUGCUGAAGAUAUAGGCAGACAAUUGGUCAACACUGGAUUCAGAUUAUCACCAGGAGAAGUUUUUGAAAGAAUUGAAGCCAUUACAAGGAAGGAUGUGGUAGAUUGGGCAAACUAUAGACUCAAGGAUAAGCCAAUCGCGGUUUCUGCAUUGGGAAAUGUGAAGUCACUCCCAAGUCUUAAAGACCUCACUAAGGGGAUGUCUUUAUAGGUAUUUAUCAGAAUGUACAUAGUUAAGAAAUAGAUAAUAUAAAGUGCCAAUGAGUAUAGAAU